AUGUAUGCCCCUCAGAUCAUCUCAGUUUCGGCACACUCGUUUACUUAUACAACUUUGGUCAACCUUAAGAAAAAUCUCCUCUCUGAAUAUGACGCAGACAACAGGCCGGUUGUAAAUCCGAACCACACAGUUACUGUGAAAAUAGAUAUAAGUGUUAACCAAGUUAUUGAAUUGAACGCAGCAGAGCAGACGCUGUUCGUCAGUCUGUGGGUGAGACAGGAAUGGAAAGACGAAAUUCUUACAUGGAAUGAGUCCGAGCACGCCAACAUCACUAGUUUCGACGUCGCCAUUGACAGCAUAUGGAAUCCGGACACUACUAUAUACAAUGAUGUACGAGAGGAGGAGAGAGAUGUCAGUGGAUUUCCCGCCACGGUCCACAGCGACGGCAAGGUCACGUGGGGGUAUCCACUCAUCCUGAAGAGCAGCUGUCUUAUGGACAUCAACUACUUCCCAUACGACAAACAAGCCUGCCCAGUAAAAUUUGGUUCCUGGCAUUUCCAUGGUUACCAGCUGGAUCUGCGGAACAAAAGCGCGACGGGAGACCAGACGUCGUUUGUUCCAAAUGGAGAGUGGCAAUUAAUGGCUGCUCCCGCCAUACGAACAUCCACUGUGUACGGGUGCUGCCCGGAACCUUACCCUGACGUCACAUUUUAUCUGAUCAUGUGUCGUAAACCUCUGUAUUAUCUGUACAAUCUGAUCUUGCCUUGUAUUGUGGUUUUGUCCAUGACGGCUGUGAGUUUCUACCUACCGGUGGAGUCCGGAGAGAAAGUGUCGUUUGGUGUGACUGCUGUGUUGGCCAUGAUGGUAUUCUUGCAGCUGGUUUCGGAUUUGACGCCUACUCAGUCUGAAGUGGUUCCAGUAUUAAGUAUGUACCUGGGCAUUGUUCUACUAUUACUGUGUAUCUCCACCAUGAGCAGCAUCGUGGUGUCCAACAUUCACUUCAGCGGAGAACGGGGUCACGAGAUGCCCAACUGGAUGAGGAAGCUGGUCUUGGGGUUUUUAGGCACAAUCGUCUGCAAGAGGAAAGCAAUCAAAACGGCGCUUGAUGAAGAUGCGGAGAACGUUUUCAAAUUAGAGCCUAUACAUAGCGAAAGUCGAAAUGGACGACCACGGCUUUCAUCAAACGGCGACAUAUAUGACAGUAUAGCGAACGGCAGCAUCUACAGCAUCCGAGACAGUGAAAAACCACGAUAUCCAACCCACUUCAGCGACAGCAACCCUUACAGCUCACAAGACGAAAUGAGCCUUCAUGGCGGAAGCGGAAAUCCCACCGCCAAUUCCGCUGCCACCACGCGUGUGCUUCGCCAGAUUUUAAGCAACCUAAAGGGCGAGGAUUGCACCGGGCGUGAAAAGAAGGCCGCAGAGCGAUUGAAAACGGAAUGGGAGAUGGUAGCCGUGGUCAUAGAUAGACUGGUGUUGUAUACUUUCCUCAUAUUAUCUACCGUGGCGACUAUCUGGUUCUUCGCUAACACUCCCCCGUGUGAUGAUCAACUUCAGCGAACCAGAUACAGUACGCAGUAA